AUGCACGCACGCACGCACACACGUGAACACGUGAACCGACAAAUCUCCCUGAGGGUAUCUGUGAGCACCCAUUCCGAAACAGUCAUGGCCGAUGCCGCUUGGAUUUCCCUUCUGAUUUUUCUGGCCUUAUCUGCCGAACCCACUGCAGCCAAGAUAAAGGAGGGGGAACUUAACGAACUGUUGCAGGAAUUGAGCAAGGAACCACCUCCUGAGACAGUGUGGAUGUUGCACGAGGAGGGGAACAUUUUGGAUGACACGUGGAAUCCUAGCACUCCGGACAACGGUGAGCUUUUCCUUGCUAUUCUAUGUCACAAUUACCAUCUUAAUUGA